CGGGGGGACGCCGGGCUGGACCGGGCGGGGCGGUCACGUGCGCCCGAGGGGGCGAGGCCCCUAGCUGGCCCGGCAGCGAACAGAAUCCAGCGAAGUGGCUGCGCAAGGAGCGAACUUCUGCCAGGACGGAGGGGCUCAAAGCGGCCAGACGCCCUGGGACGACUCCAGGAACCGACGGCCAGGACCAGGCUGAGGCGUCUGCCUUGGCUUGGGGACAGCGGUCGGCGACAGAGGACGCCAAGGAAACGUGGGAGUAGGAUCUCGGGGGUGAGCGCAGGGAGGCCCGCUCGCGGCUUUUCCGCAGGCUGGGGUCUCGGUCUAUUCGUGGACGGACCGGGGCAAAUGCCUCGUCAGCUCUAGGGGACCAGCCGAGGCCAUCGUCCCUUAAGACCGCCGGUGUCCUCGGCACCUGUCGAGGGUUCCAGGAGAGGCUGUGGUCAUGGUGAAUGAAGAUCCCAACCAACAGGAGAGCGAUGGCACCCCUGCGCAGGAGUCCGCAGUCCGGUCCGACCCCAGCGUCUCGAUCCACCCCAGCGUCUCGAUCCACCCCAGCGUCUCUGCGUACCCCAGCAGUUCGGCCCACCCCAGUACCUCAGCCCAACCAGGUGUCUUGGCCCAUCCCAGUAGCUCCUGCCCCGAGGACCUUAGCGUGAUCAAGGUGAGCAAGCGCCGGUGGGCCGUGGUCCUGGUGUUCAGCUGCUACUCCAUGUGCAACGCUUUCCAGUGGAUCCAGUACGGCUCCAUCAAUAACAUCUUCAUGAACUUCUACGGGGUCAGUGCCUUUGCCAUCGACUGGCUGUCCAUGUGUUACAUGCUGACCUACAUCCCUCUUCUCCUGCCAGUGGCCUGGCUGCUGGAGAAGUUCGGCCUCCGCACCAUCGCCCUCACCGGCUCGGUUCUGAACUGCCUCGGUGCCUGGGUGAAAUUGGGCAGCCUGAAGCCCCAUCUCUUCCCAGUCACCGUGCUGGGCCAGGUCAUCUGCUCUGUGGCCCAGGUCUUCAUCCUGGGCAUGCCCUCCCGCAUCGCUUCCGUCUGGUUCGGGGCUAAUGAGGUUUCAACAGCCUGCUCCAUAGCUGUCUUUGGCAAUCAGCUUGGAAUUGCGAUUGGGUUCUUGGUCCCUCCUAUUUUGGUACCCAACAUCCAAGACCGGGACAAGCUUGCCUACCACAUCAGCAUCAUGUUCUACAUAAUAGGAGGUGUAGCCACUCUGCUUUUCAUCCUGGUCAUCAUUGUAUUCAAGGAGAAGCCUAAACAUCCCCCCAGCAGAGCACAGUCCCUGAGCUAUGCCUUGGCGUCCCCUGAUGCUUCAUACUUAAAUUCCAUCGUCCGGCUCUUCAAAAACCUCAACUUUGUGCUGCUUGUCAUCACCUAUGGUCUUGCUUCCCCACGGCCUCCGUUAUGUCUUGUCAGCAGAGGUGUAACAACUGCCAUGUUGAAAAGAAUCAUUGAAAAGUCACCUCCUCUAGAGAAUGUCCUCAAAGGCAGUACUUUCCCAUGUCAUCCCGCAGCCUUGCCUCCAGCUGUGCUUCUGAAUUGUCUUCCAGUGUUGGUCAUCGGGAGUCCUGAGGACACCUUUCCUUGGGGCUCUCAAGGUCUGAAUGCUGGUGCUUUUUAUGCCCUGUCCACUCUGCUGAAUCGCAUGGUGAUCUUGCAUUACCCGGGGGAAGAAGUGAACGCUGGAAGAAUCGGCCUGACCAUCGUCAUAGCUGGAAUGCUCGGGGCUGUGAUCUCAGGCAUCUGGCUGGAUAAGACCAAAACCUACAAGGAGACAACCCUGGUGGUCUAUAUCAUGACUCUGGUGGGCAUGGUGGUGUACACAUUGACCUUGAACCUGGGACACCUGUGGGUAGUGUUCAUCACCGCUGGCACAAUGGGCUUCUUUAUGACUGGCUAUCUCCCUCUGGGAUUUGAAUUUGCUGUGGAGCUGACAUACCCAGAAUCAGAAGGCAUGUCGUCUGGCCUCCUUAAUGUGUCUGCCCAGGUAUUCGGGAUCAUCUUCACCAUCUCCCAGGGCCAGAUUAUCGACAACUUUGGGGCCAUGCCCGGAAACAUCUUUCUGUGUGUGUUCCUCACCCUUGGAGUAGUCCUCACUGCAUUCAUUAAGGCAGAUCUCCGGAGGCAGAAAGCAAACAAGGAAACUCCUGACAAUAAGCUCCAAGAGGAGGAAGAGGAGGAGGAGAGCCAUACCAGCAAAGCCCCCUCGGCCCUCUCUGAGGAGCAUUUCUGAGAGAGGAAGGUGGCGGCGACUCAGGGAACACGAACACCCCCCACCUUCUGUCAGCUCAGCUCACUGCCAGCACAGAAGUCUUCACUGGAGCAGCUUUUGGAGGGAAGCGGCUGGAAUGCUUGUGGCCUGGAUGGCAGGGCCUGUGCCUCCUGGAGCCCACGCAAGAGCUCCUGUGGUCUAGUCGGGGAAAAUGGCACCCUUCACCAAGUCCAGGUUCGACCCCGCCCCUCCCGCUUUGGGUCAGGGGAGCUGGUGUCGGGAGAGGCUGGUGCAGGACCUGGGGGCCGGCCCUGGCCUGGGGUUUGCCUUCCCUCUUCCUCUCCUCCCUUAUGGAGAAGGCCUGUAAAACGAUCACAGGAUGAGAGCUCAUUCAGGAUGUUAACUUGUUCUAGUGUCUUAAGACCCUUCGAAGCCCAGUUCUCGGGAGCGGCUGCUCUCUGGAUGAGGGUCAUCCGUGGGGCCUCACUGACUGCUGAGUUCUCUGGGAGAGACAGCGCCAUCAGAACCACCUUCAUCGGAGAAAACCCCUCGGCACUCUGGGCCUCGAUUCUCACGGCCUGACCUUGGGGUCUGUCUCCAAACCCUCUUUCCUGAGAGCUAUCAAACCAACAUCAAUAAAUUUGAGAAAAGCUUUGUUGUGACCACGAAGGAGAAAGCGGUUUGGCCAACUUUACCGCCCAGGUGUGUGAGGCUGCUGGGCACCUUCUGAGCAUCUGUGAAGGCCCGGAUUUAGGAACUCUGGUACUCGAUUUGGGGACGGGAAGGUUCUUUCCAAAGAGAAGUCCUUGCCCAGGGACUUCUGUGUGUGCCAUAGUGACCUCUGACGCCUUCAUCUGGACACUGCCUUGAGAAACUUGGUCAUUGGCCUAAGUGCUUGUGUUCUCUGGAGGGAGGGAAAUCCCAGCCGACUGCCUGUAACCUUGCUGAAAAGUAAUCUUGAUUCAUUCCAGCCUUAAUACCCAAUGCUGCUUCUGAGAUGAGAGGAAAGGGCAGAAGGAAGGAGGCCCUUGAUGUGGGAAUUGUCUGCCUGAAUUAAGCAUAUCUCACCUCUGGUGGGGACAGUAUCUGGACCCACCCCCUUCGAGCAACACUCUUUAUCAGAUGUUCUCAAUUUAAAGGGAUUCCCUUGGAACCAUCUCAAGCUGACCUCCUCUUCUGCCUACCUUGCUGUCUGGCUCUACUCAUGGGCUUGGGUCGCCUUUCCUGAAAAUAAGACAUUUUGCAUUUCUCCUGUGCAUUGCGCAGCUGUGAUCUUGACCACCGUGCUGAUCUGCUGUGGCCACGGCCCUGGCCGCAGCAUGUCGGGGCAGCCUGCGCUGGCUGCAGUGCUGGGCUGCUUAGGCCGCUGCCUGAGGUGAGCCUGGCGUGUGUGUACAGACUCUCUGUUGGAAUAAAAGUUCACUUCUGAUGGGGGGAGUGAGUUAGGGGUGGAAGGGAGGUGGAGAGAAGGUGGACCUUACUUUGCGACAAGGAGAAAGGUCUUUCCUCUUCAGCCCUUAAAAUGUGGUAACCAAAUGUUUACUGAAUCCAUUGCUUUAUUAUAAACAGUUUGUAUUUUCUAUUCGUAAUACCAGAUGUUUUAGGGCAAUAAAAGAUUCUUCACGUGG